AUGGCUGACGCUACACGAGGAGACCGUGGACGCGGUGGCUUUGGCUCGCGCGGAGGAGACCGUGGUCGUGGCCGUGGUGGCCGUCGCGGACGUCGUGGUCCCAAGAACGAAGAGAAGGAAUGGCAGCCCGUCACCAAGCUCGGCCGUCUCGUCAAGGCCGGAAAGAUCACCAGCAUCGAGCAGAUCUACCUCCACAGUUUGCCCAUCAAGGAAUACCAGAUCAUCAAGCCUGUCCAGAAGCAGACCCGUGCCGGUCAACGAACCCGUUUCAAGGCCAUUGUUGUCAUUGGAGACUCCGAGGGCCACGUCGGUCUCGGAAUCAAGACCUCCAAGGAAGUCGCUACUGCUAUUCGUGCCGCCAUCAUAAUCGCCAAGCUCAGCGUUCUCCCUGUCCGUAGAGGUUACUGGGGUUCCAACCUCGGUGAACCUCACUCUCUCCCAACCAAGACCAGCGGAAAGUGCGGUUCCGUCUCUGUUAGGUUGAUCCCUGCUCCCCGUGGUACCGGUCUCGUUGCCUCUCCAUCCGUUAAGCGAUUCCUCCAAUUGGCUGGUGUCGGUGAUAUUUACACAACCUCUUCCGGCUCCACCAAGACCCUUGAGAACACCCUCAAGGCCACCUUCGUCGCUGUCGGUAACUCAUACGGUUACCUGACCCCCAACCUAUGGAAGGAGACCAAGCUCAUCCGAAGCCCUCUCGAGGAAUUCGGUGAUGUUCUACGGGAAGGAAAGAAAUACUAA